UUGAGUGGAGCGAACGUUGUGAUAUAAGUGCGCUCGGUGCAUAAAUGAAAAGUGAGCAAUAGUGACGCGGAGAUAGCAAUACAAGAUAUUUAAAGCAAACAACAAAGUAGUUAUACGAAACAAAAACUCGUGUACAUGUUUGCCUGGGUUUAUGUGUUGGAGUGCGUGUGCGAGAUUUUUUAGUUACACACUUUAGAAAAAAAAAAAAAACUUAUAAUUGGACUGUUGCUGAUUGUGUUAGUGUACGCACAAAAACUCGUUGACUACCUGAGGAACCGCUUCUUGACUCAGUUACUCUGGCGGCUGUCUUCUUUGUGCCUAUGUGUGUAGCUGCCACUUACUUUUUUGUGUUGUGUAUUUGUUGCGCGUGAGGGAAUUCCAUAGUCUUUGAUGGUAUUUUCAUGCGGCUCAACAACAAUAACAAAACAGGCGAUAUUGUCAGUGCGGCACAAAUUCGUGUGUAGAUAUGUAUUUGCUGUAGCAAUGAAUGUGUAGAAAGGAGGCAAAGUAUAAAGAAACAUAAGAGGUCGAAAGUAGCCGCAAAACAAUAAGAAUACAAUAAAAAUAGUUAAAAGAUAAAUGAAAAGUGUUUAGUAUAUCCAAAAUGUAAAAAAUGUGCUAAAGUACCAACGGAAAUUGUUUACUUAAAGGUGAAAGAGUUUCUGAAAAUAAGUGAAAAAAGCAGUGGAUUCGAGCAAAAAAGUGCUUUUGGGUUUUUGUAGCAUUUGUGGAAUUCCCGCUUGAAACAUACAUACAUACAUGUAUGGAGUUAUUUGCUUAAAAAUUUGAAUGAGAAUUUUUCAUCUCGCGUAAAAUACGAAUUACGUCCACACUCGAAAAUAAGCAAAAAUUAACGGCAGCAAAAAUUUAAUAAUCCACCAAGUGUCACAAAAUGUGCCGCUCUUUCAACAUCGCCCUCCUGCCUAUUCUUUGCAUUAUCCUGCAAUUAGUCGCAGCAGUGCUCACUGCGAGCGCCGGAGCUGCAUCAAAUCAACUUCUGUCCAGCAACAGCGGCAGCGGUAGCAGCAGCAGCAGCACUGCUCAUGGCAACAAUGGAUUACAGUGUCAACGGAUCACAGUGCCAGCAUGUCAGGGCUUAGGCUACAACAUGACGGCUAUGCCAAAUUUGGCUGGCCACACUAAUCAACUGGAAGCCGAGCUGCGGAUGACGAAGCUACUGCCACUCAUCGAUUCGACCUGCUCGAAUCGUGCUCGCUUCCUGCUUUGCUCUUCGCUUUUUCCACUCUGUACACCCGAUGUACCACGACCUGUCACCGCCUGCAAACAACUCUGUGAGACUGUUAAAAAUGAAUGCGAGUCACGGGCGGAACUCAUGCAAUUAUGGCCUGACUUUCUUAACUGCGACACUCUGCCACAGCCAGAGAAACAUGAGUUGUGUAUGCAGAUUCCGCAGGAGUCGGAUAAACAGCACGCAAACCUGCAGUCGCUUCCACCAUCACCACAACCGCACUACCAGCAGCCAUCACAAUUUUAUUGGCCCUGGUCUGCUUGGAAAAUGCCACCACAUCUUAGCAAAACCAUUGCGCCUACAGCCAUUUGUCCGUUCAACUUCACCGCCGAUCCGUUAAAUGCUGAGUUGUGUGUACCUCAAUGCAACCGUGAUGCGUUUCAUUCAACUCAACAAAAGAAAAUCGCCGAAAGUCUCAUACUGGGUCUUUCGGCUGUUUGCUUUGUUUUGACACUCUUUUCGCUGGUUACUUUCUGGGCGGAACCAACACGUUUCGGAUAUCCCGAACGCCCUGUGCUUUUUCUCUGCCUUUGCUAUAAUCUCUUCAGUGUUUGCUAUUUGGAACGGAUCAUCUUUCACAACUCUACGCGCACGUUAGCUAUGCUAGAGGAUCCAUUGGGCAAAAUCAGUCCAUCGUGCACCAUCUCACCACCUUGCUUGGCUUCAUACAUAACAACGAGUUACCUGAGUUUGUGCGCAGCCACUUGGUGGCUUAUAUUUGCGCUUUGCUUCUUUCUCUCAUCACACCAGAAAUGGUCAAGUGAGGCGCUUGAGAAGAAAUCCGGACUAUUUCACGUACUGGCAUGGGUGCCACCAUUGGCGCCACCAAUCGCUGCACUGCUCAUGGAGAGAGUACGUCCAAACGAGUUGACUGGCAUGUGCACAGCCUUCGGUUUCGUUGAGAUACCCGCUUUGGUGUUGUUGUUGCUUGGCAUCUUCUUCACCGUACGUGCCUCCAGAUCGCUGCAUACGCUACAACAACAAAUGAAACCCACAUUUGGACAUCAGCGCUUCUCGGAGAUACGAAAACGCUUUCUCAUCUUUUCAUUGCUGUUUUUCAUGCCUACAGUAGCUGGCGUGAUAACCUCCUUUUUUGAGCGCUAUCUUGACUCGGUACCUGCUUGUUCGACCCACGAAGAUUGUGCUCCUCCAGAACAGCGCACAGCCUGGCCAACACUUAUAAGAAUAUUUUUCCAAUUGGCAGGCGGCACCCUGACCGGUAUGUGGGUGUGGUCACGAAAGACGUGCGAGUCAUAUCGCAGCCGACUGGUAACGGCGCCCACCACUGCCACGACCACAAAAUCGCUGUCAUCAUUGCCGAAGAAGCAUUUACACACGAAUGGCAAAUCUGUGAGCAGCACCCUGUAUAGCGGCAUUAACUUCCACAAUGUACCAAUGUAUAACCCGAAUCAAGUACGCGUGUAGCGGUCAAUGGUUGGAGUUGGAGCAGGCAAUGAAGCUAAUAUGUCACAGCAACAGAAGCUGGUGCAACCCAAUCAAAGGGAGGGUGUAUAUACUUUGGGAUUAUAUUUUUAAGGCGUCGACAACUGAGAAGUUCGCGACGAAAACAUAUUUACAUUUAUUUGUAUUAUAAACUUCCAUAAGUUAAUUUUUGUUUAACUUUUUAAAUCUCGAAUGCUAGUUUCUAUUUAUAUUUAUAAUGUUAAUAAAGGGGUUUCCAAUAGGGACUGGUCUUUGUUGUCAUGCUAUUUUAGCGGCAUCUGUCAAAUCUGUUGUUUAUUAUGCAAUCCAUAUGGCAAGUCACAGGAUUGAGCAGCACAGACUCGUUAUAAAACUUUAAUGUGAAUGAGUUGGUGUAUGGUCAUCUCGAGGUGGCGUGAAUAGAUACCCAGAUUGUGCGAUUUGGCCCGGCUAGGAUCUUUCUUGUGGGAUUUUACAUGCCAUUAAUCGAUUGACGCCCUCGAAGUCAACAUAACCUGCGCCAACGCUCAAAUUGAGCCGGAUCAUGUCGCAACGACAUCGAAAGUUAAACCUUUUGAAUCCGUGCGACCGCACAAAACAUACAGAGUGUCAGAGCUCGACCUUUCUUAAAAAAAAAAUGGUUUUCUUAGUAACUCACAUACAGCUUGUUUUAAUCUAUUUCGACCUUCCCCUAUUGGAAAGUCCUAUAUUUGAUACUUUAAAUAUAUAAUACCUGUAAAUUCUAUUACUAGUUGUAGUUGUACAUACUUAUAUACAUAAAUAUUGUUAAUCCUGUAUACUUUGUAUACCAUUUUUUAGUUUUUCGCUUAGUUUUUCAUGGCUUAGUUUUUAUUCUUUGUGCUGGUACAUGUUUAGAAACUCUAAAAUAUUUUAAUGAAAUGUGUUAGUAGCUUUAAAUUAUAAAUAACUGUAUAUACAUAGAUAUGAUGUAUUUAUUAAAUCCUUAUUUCGAUUGAUUUCCCUGAUGAAAUCAUCUUUGAAAAUAAAAACUAGUUGUAAUAAGUCGCUACUAGUGCUUAAGUACUUAUAUACUUACAUACAUAUAUCGAUGUAUAAG